GAGGCGUUGAGCGCUGAAUUGAAAAUAGCCGCGGGUUUCGUUAGCCGCUGUUAGCGCCGUAACUGUGAACAUGAAACGACAACCAGCUGCUUGUUAUGUCUAAAGUUGGACAGGAUAUUUUUCAGCGGCAAAAUAAUGGCGUCGCGAGACAAUAACGAAGGAGUAUUUGGCCGGAUAAUGCUAACUAGCUAACGUUAGCCGCAGCCUGGAGUCCCCUUUUUGGCUAGCAAACAGAAUUUCUUUAUUAUUGCCUACGGUGCCCUUAAAUAAACAUAAAAUGUGUAAUGUACGCGGAAACACUAUUAACUUUACAAAGUGGAUACCUUAGUUUGUGAGUCUCCAACUAACGGACACACAGCAGGUAGCGUGGAUCUGUGGACGGUAUCAUCAGUCUGUUGACAGCUGUUCAUGGUGAGCUCACCUGUUAAACCGCUGAUUGUAGGAUAUCCAGCGAAACCUCGGACAAUGUCGGUAAACGGGAAAGUCAUCCCGCACACCCCGCUGGCAGUGGACUUCUGGUACGUACGGAAGUGUCCAGGCACUCGGCUCUUUUUCCUGUCCCACAUGCACAGCGACCACACGAUGGGUUUGACCUCCACCUGGAGCAACCGGCCCAUCUACUGCUCCCCAACCACCGCCACGCUGCUCAGACUCAAACUGCAGGUGAAAGAACAGUGGAUUCAUCCGUUAGAGUUGGAUGAGCCGUACUUGUUGCCACUGGAUGACAUCGGCAAGGAGAGGCUGACAGUCACAUUGAUAGAUGCCAACCACUGUCCAGGGGCUGUCAUGUUUCUCUUCGAAGGCUACUUUGGCUCUAUACUGUACACUGGUGACUUCAGAUAUACACCCUCCAUGCUGCGUCAGCCGUGCUUGAGGAACAACACCACUAUAGAUGUCCUGUACCUGGACAACACCAACUGUGACCCCAACCGCACCCUACCCUCCAGACAGCGAGCCACCCAACAAGUCAAAGAGAUCAUCCGCAGCCACCCAAACCACAAUGUUGUCAUUGGCCUGUAUGCGCUGGGUAAGGAGUCCCUGCUGGUGGAGCUGGCGAUGGAGUUUAAAACCUGGAUCGAGGUGAGCUUUGAGAGGAUGGAGACCCUCAGAGCCCUGGAGCUGCCUGACGUCUUUACCACUGACCCAGGAGCCGGUCGUAUCCGAGCCGUGGAGCAGUCAGAGAUCUGCUCUGCCACUUUAACCCAGUGGAACAAAGAGGAUCCCACUCUGGCCAUCUUUCCCACCAGCAGGCCCCUGGUCUCCUUUAACCCCAACGUCUAUGUGGUGCCCUACUCCGACCACUCCUCUUACCAAGAGCUGGAGGAUUUUGUCUCUGCACUUAAACCUACCACCCUUGUACCCAUCAUAGGAAAAAAUGUACCUGGAAGCUUCUCUGCCUUACUGCCCAACAAAAAGCGCCAUGAUAUCCUGGUGCCUGAGUCAGUCCGACACUACAUGUUACGACAGCCUGAGGCUGAGAGCCAUCUCAGCUCAUCAGCAUACACCAGCCUGAGGCGCAAACAUUUUCAACCUCUUGCUCCCAAAGGGGUGGUAUUUGAAUCUCCUGUAAGGGGAUCAAGAAAUUCAUGUCAAGAAGCCUGGGAGGCAGAGUGUCUGGAGCAGGACGUGUCUGAGGAAGAGAUGGACACAGAAAGUAGUGAAAAGGACUCUGACUGCAUCUUUGUUGACCUGAGCAAGAAGCUCAGCCCUGACAAAAACAGAAGAGGGGCUGGAGACAUGUGGAGCCUCAACAUUGUCCAGACAGUGCCUGAAGAGAUGGUGAUGGCAGAGUCGGUGCCAUUCAGUCGACUCAGCCAGAGCGACUUUGCUCCAGUAGAGAUCCCGACAAACACCAAGGCCUGCGUGAAAUCUGUCAAGACCACAAGAAGGCCUUUUGAGAGUAAUGCCAAAAUAAUAAACAAGAUGGCUUCAUAUAAAAAUUUCAGCAGCCAGCAUAGCAGACAUGGAAAUGUUCAGAAGAGCGACACAUUGUCAGUCGGUGAAAGCAUGUAUCAUCAGAGCGGACAGGGAAUUGAUCAGGAUGGUUACAUAAUGUCAGAUAACAACACGAGUCAGCACAACGAACAUGGAGCAGAUCAGAGCAACAGCGAGAGCAGCUUUGAAAACGAUUCCUGCUCUUCAUCGUGCUCGCAGACUGUGCUGCGGCAGGAGUACUUCGAGGAACUUGAGGACAGUAUUUUAAUGAACUGCCCUUUCACGAAGGAGGACUUUGAGGUGUGUGGCCUCGUGCAGCAGAGCUCGGUGAAAUUGCUUCCCCUCUCUUCUGUAUGUGAUGAAAGAGAAGAUGACUUCUCCGACAAAUAAUGUGGCCUGACAUUUUUGCCUUGCUUUAGAGGCCUUUUUGUAUUGUUUGUGUGAAAAUGAGCACUUUAAAGCCAAUGUACCAUUUUCUUAUUGUGACCGUACCCAUUUAUGUCAUUUCUGUCUGUGGUGCCUCCAUUUUGUGUUUUGUGGCCUGGAGUUUAGAAAAGCAGACUUGACUGGACCUGUGAAGUGACUGACGGACUUCUGCCCUCAAACUUCAUCACUAUAGCCUUGGCCUCCUGGACAUGUAAGCUAAGAGAGUUUUCAGUGGUUAAACAACCCAGUUUUCCUUUCUGUAAUGAAAAAAAAUAAUCACUGAAUUGCACAUUUGGACAGGGUUUUGAAGUAAUCUGUAAUUGAUGUUUUCUUACGAAACAUUAGACUAAUAAGCAGAUUACUUUUUUUGCCUUGAGAACCAACUGUCUUUAAGCACUGGUAACUCUUCAUUCUCAAGCAUUUGAAAGUGAAAGUCAGGAUUUUUUUUUGAGUAUUCUGAAAUACCAAUGAAUGGGAAAAAAAUGCUGCCAAGUGAGUCAAACUUCAACAUCUAAAUUCAGUUUUGUCUAAAAGCUAAAAUAAAAUGAGAAAAAGCACAAAAGCAGCCAUGUUCCUGCCAAAGGUUAUAUCUGCCUUUUUCACUAAAACUUUUAUCUGUAUGUUUACCACUGUUUGUAAGAAAUAGCCUGUUAAUGAAAAGUUUAAAUUGUCAAGACGGCUGUCAGUUGUUACACUUUUUACUGAGAAUCACAGUGUUAAAGAUUGGUAUUUUGCAGUUUUGACUCAAGAAAUUUAUAAUGGGAAAACACACUCCUUUCUGUGAUUGUCUUUGUAAUUGUACACCUGUCUAAGGUCUGUGAAAUAUGAUAUUGUUAAAAAUAAAGUAUUUAUUUCCUAUAUAUCCACAAGCAGCUGUUGCAGUGUUCUAUUUUUAUUAGUCCACUUCAUUAGUGUGAAAACAUUUUUUGGUAACUGCACAUUAACAUUUCAUCCAUAGUAUAUAAUUGGAAAAAGUAGUUGCAUGCAUGUGUAUUAAAAAGCACAGUUGCUUCUGACUGUAUUCCUACAACAGUUUAAAGUGUGUUUUCAUUGGUGUUUUUGUUCCCCAUGACCGCAUUUGUCAACUGCAGAAAAGCAGCUAUUUUUUUCCAUGUUUUGAUAAGAGGUGACAUGAACCAGUGGUGUGCAGCUCAGCUGCUCUCUGUGGGGAUUUAAUAGCUGGCAGUGCUGAAACCAAAUCCAUUAGACCACAGUUCACUGUAACUCUUAUAGACCUGUGAACAUUGUAAAGCAAUACUUUGCCUUUUUACC